AUGGUGCAGCCCGGCAUAGGGCUCGACACGCCCAGGACAAAUGUCGGCGACGCGACAUACCUCGAUCGGGCACCAGACUUCGACAUCACUCAAGAACCUUCCUUCCAAUCCCCAAGCAAGGAGCCAAAUGUCUUCCAGUCUCUGCGCAACGGCACAGCCCGUCCAGGCCUGCGGACACCUCGCGGUGCGAAGAACCGUGCUCCCUUCUCCGACAGGAUGAACCUCCCCGGCGGCAUUGGCGGUGCCGAGUUCACCCCCCUCCUCAAGUCUGCCACGCGAAAUAGUGCCCGCCGGCGCAGUGGCAAGGAAAACGGCCUCACCACGCCCGCGCUGGGUAAGAUCAGCGAAGAUAUGACUCCCAUACAGGUCGGUGAGAGCAGCAUGUAUAGAUCCAGAGACCAGUCAUACGUAGACCGCACGCCAUUGCCAGAAGCCGACAGCGAUAGUACCGCCUCGACACCAAUGAUCAUGCGACGCGGCAAGGGCGGAGACGGAGGCCCCCUGCAGGACGGCCAACAGCUCUCCCUUCGCGAGCAGGAGAGCGUCAUCGACAAGAUCGAGAAGGAGAACUUUGGCCUCAAGCUCAAGAUCCAUUUCCUCGAAGAAGCACUGCGGAAGGCUGGGCCCGGCUUCGGCGAGGCAGCUCUAAAGGAGAACACCGAGUUGAAGGUGGACAAGGUCACCAUGUCACGGGAACUGCAGCGCUACAAGAAGCAUCUGACGUCGGCGGAGAAGGAUCUCGAGAACUAUCGACAGCAGAUGGAACGAAUGCAGGAGUUGGCACGGAACAAGCAAGGAUCGCACGAACACUCAGCCGAGCUCGAAAAGCUUCGUCGGGACUUGGGCGAGAAAGAUGCAGAUCUGGAAGACAUGCAGCAUCGGAUACAGUCAGACCUACAAAAUGUCGACAGGGUUGCGAAGCUCCAAGACGAGAUCGGCGAUCUCGAGGCUGAUCUUAGAGAGAAGGAACGAGCCAUCAGUGAGCGUGACGACGAGCUGGACGAGUUGAGAUCAAAAGCCAGGCAAACCGACCAUCGAAGCCAGGAUGAGGUUGAUCAGCUCAAGGACGACAUUGAAGACCUGCAAGCCAAUCUCCGUGAGAAGGAUCGAGUCAUCGGCGAACACGAAGAUGAGCUGGGUGAUCUCCGAUCCAGAACUCAGCAAGCGGAGGACAGGGCAAAGAAAGCACAAAUACGCAUGAUCGAGCUUGAGGAAAAGGCACAGGCCAGCGACAAGCUCAAAGAGGCCAGAGAAUCCAUCCAAGAUCUCGAAGCAAAUGUUCGAGACCUGGAACGACAAGUUGAUGACGCACAAGAAAAGCUGGAAGACGCCUUGUCAGAAAAGGAACGUGCAGAGGCUGAUCUCGAGGAACUCCAAGAAGAAAUGGCCAACAAGUCAGUAGUCACGAAGGGCUUGCCAAGGCAGCUGGAGGAGAAGCUUGCACGACUCCAGGAUGAGGUCGAGGCAGGUCGUCACGACUACGAAUCACUGGAAAAUCAAUUCCAUACCAAGCAGGCAGAGAUCGAUGAUUUGAAGUUCAAGCUGAAGGAUUCUCGCCAAGAACGAGAUGCUUCGGAACACGAGCGGCGAGCAAUUGCUACCAGGAUGGAGGAGCUUCAGGCGGACUUAAAUUCCAGGACCGACGAGAAGAACCUGCUCCAGAGCCGGCACGAUUCUUUGACUGCUGAGUCCGCUUCUCUGCAGCGAGAUGUUAGUCGCUUGCAGAAGUCGAUGACAGAUCUUCAAGGCGAUCUCGAACAAGAACGACAGCACUCGUUAAGCAUCGAGCGGGAGCUUAGAGCGCAGUAUAAGGCCGACUUCGACAAAUUGAACAACGAGAUUUCUGACUUGCAAGCUGAGGUUCGUGAGAAGGAGAACCUCUACGAUAACGACUGCGAAAAAUGGGAGACUGAGCGCCACAACCUCGAGUCAGAGCGCGAUCGGGCAGAAGAGCGCGUACUCGGACUGCAGAAGACAAUCGAGAGAUUGAGAGAUGCCGAGGGCAGUCUGAACGACAAAGAAUCCAAGCUACAGCGAGCCCUCCAGAGUGAGACGGAUCGGCACCACAACGAAGAGGCAGUCCUCAGCAGACAGAUUCUUGACCUUCAGCAAGAUCUCUCUGAUCGACAGCAGAUUCUUGAGGACCUCCGGAGCGAGCUCUCUGCUGUACGUGACGAGCUUCGACAAGCCCAAUUGGACAAGCAGGCAGCAGCCGAAAAGGCCGAGGGCUUGGAAGACGAGGUCGAGGUCCUUCAGGUUGCUCUGGACGAGGAAAGCGAGAAGUCAGCCCAGGAGAUUGAGACCUUGACCAAGGAGUGCGAUGAACUGCGUCAGCAGCUCAGAGAGUUGCGCCGAGCUUCGGAAGCUGCCCAUGCUUCAACAGACUCCUCCCGCCAGACCGCCGAGCUGAACGCAAAGGCAAUGGAGCGUCUGGAGAAGCAGCUCGACGAGUACAGGUCCAACCUGUCAAAAGCUACUCAGGAGAAGAGAGUCAGCGAUCGGGAAUGCGAAGAACUGCGACAGCAGCUUAGGGAGCUACGCAGGCUCACCGAGUCCGCCAAGGCUUCAACUGAUGCAUCCCACGAAGAGGCCGAGUACAACGCCAGAGCAGUCCAGCGCUUGGAAAGCCAACUUGCUGAGUUCAAACGCAACAUCGCUCAAGUCACACAAGAGAAGAAGGACAUCCAAAGCCAACUGACCAGCAUCAGGGGUGAGCUUCACUCUGUUCAGACACGACUUGCUGAGACACAGGCAGAACGAGAUGAAAUCGACGCCGAACUGCAGCGCUCCAAAGAGCAGGAUAACGACACAUUCCAAAUCGACCAAGAGAGGAUCAACCUCCGAGCGACAAAAGCACGUCUUGAGAACGAGAUUCGCCGUCUCAAGGAGGACAACAGGUCUCUAGCGGACCAGCGAGACUCGCUGGAGAAGACUCUGGAGGAUGAGCUUGACAAGGCGGAGGCCGAGGAGGAGCGUCUGAACCAGGAGAUCCUCUCACUGCAGACCAAAGUCAGACAAGGCCAGGUCCCAGAUACCCAGGACGUGUCCAAAUCCCGACGCACCAUCCGAGAACUGGAGCGCAAGAUUGCGAACUACGAGCAUCAGCUCGCCCAGGCCACCAUUCCGAUCAACGCUCUGGAGGGCAAUAGUGAGCUAUCGCUGAUCAAGCGUGACCUUUCCGCAGCGCGCCAGAAGGAGCUUGAGUUUAUGCAAAAGGAAGGUGACCACAGAGCCCAAAUCCGGGGCCUGAAGCGCCAGAUUGGUGACCUCGAGCGACGAGCGCAUGAAGCGGACAUCUCACGCAUGGUUCAGUCACCUCUGUCAGAGAAUGCCUCUGCCCGCAAGGCCGAAGUCUCAGAGCUUCGUCACCAACUCUCCACCGCCCACCAGUCGAUCAGCGAGCUGAAGAAGAAGCUGCGUGAAUCAGAGCGUCACGCGGCAUCAGUGGAACGCGAUCUCCAGCGCCACCUUGAGAAUGUCGAGGAUGAAAAGAUGGCCUUGGAGCAAGCUCUCGAGGAUGCGCAGCUGGCAGCGGAGGAGGCCAGGGCCGAUGUUCAUGAAGCAUCAAACAAGUACAAGCGCAAAGCUGAAAGGUACAAGAAGGAGCGCGACUCAGUGGCCGACACCCUGGCAACCACCCGCCGCGACAUGCGCAACCACAUGCACGACUCCAGCAUCACCUCCAACAUUAGCAGCGUGGGUAACGGCACCGUGACAAGUGAAAUGACGCGGGAGGAGCGCCAUGACCUCUACUCGAUCCUCCGCAAAACACAAAUUGACGCGGAGGCCUUGGAGCGAGAAGUGCGGGAGCACAAAGAAGCCCUCGACGAGCUUGUUACACUCGAGAAAACCCUGCGCGUCAAACUUGACCGGGCCAGAUCCGAGCGUGCACAGUACCGCUCUGACGUAGAGAAGUUGCAGCGCGACUUGAAACAUGUCAAGAAAGGCAAGGACGAAGCCGAGAAGAUGGCCGAAGCAGCCAAGGCAGCGGCAGCUGUGGCCCGCGCCCGCGCCACUGUGUCCUCUGUGUCCGCUUCCUCCUCGUGGAAGGGCAAAGCAAAGGAAGGCAGCGAACCAGUGCCACGGGCCGUGGAGCUGGAAGAGGUGGACGACGAGGACAGCGCCGCAGAAGCCGCUAACGACGACAACGCGGCGCGCGUGAUUCACUUCCGGGAUGAUAACGACACCCAGGUGCACACGGACGCGAUCGUGCGGGCAGCCGAGGCGGCGGAGCACCGGCACGUCAAGCAGAUGCGCGGCAUGACCAUGCAGAUGGAGUGGAUGCAGGCGCGGUGGGAGAGGGAGCUGCGGAUGCGGGACGACGCGGCCUUCGCGAAGAAGUACCUGCAGCUGGAGCUCAGCUCGAGGGAUGCCUGUAACCAAGCGGACCUCCUCAAGCUCGAGGGCGUCUUCAAGCAGCUGGGCAUGAAGGAGCGGCCGUACUCGCACGUGGCGGCCCACAACGAGCGCACCAACGCCAAGCGGCCCUUCACGCUCAAGCGGCUGGCGAUCGCGCUGCGCUUCAUCGCGAAGCUGCGCAUCGCCUCGCGCGAGUGGCAGAAGCACGAGAAGACGCGCAAGAUGCUCGCCGACAAGUGGGAGAGCUACAAGCGCGAGGACCGCAUCCGCGCCCACCAGCUGCGCUUCCGCGAGGCCCGCGCCGCGGCCGCGUUCGUCCCUUCCGGCGGCGGCGGGAGGCUUAAGGGGGUUGCGCUGCCUUGA